ACGGAGGAGGAGGGGAGGGGGAUAGUCAAAGGAGGAGCAGGAAGAGGAGCAGAAGGAGAAGCACAAGUUUCCAUCCUGCUGGUGACUAGGGAGGGGGAGCUCACCCCACAUGUAUCAGGGAGUCCUCCAGACAAGUUCUACUAGGGGAAGUGUUUGGAGUUUGCGGAUUCCAGAAUCAAGACCCAAAUGUCUUUGUGGUCCCUGGUAGGAUUUGGUUUUUUGGGACAUUAUUUGGAUGUUGCAGGACCCCAAAGCUGAGUCUCAGAUUCCCCUUUGGGGGAUAUUUAGGGGUCCUCAUGGCAAUCACCAGGGGAGGUGGGAGGAGGACAUCAGUCUUGGGGACCUCUCCAGAAGAGCAGUGGAGUGGAACCUCAAGACCCCUGGAGUGGGAAAAGUUGAGAGGAGAGGGGUGAUUCGAGUUGGGUGAAAUCCAGCAGCCUGAAGAGUGGAGGGAAGGGCCUGGAGCUGGGGGACCCCUGGGAUCCAUGGAAUCCUGGAGCAGAGAAUCAGGGUAGAACGGACCCCUGGGACCCUCAAAAUCCCCUGGGUCAUUUGUAAGCAAGACCCCAGAGGGGGAACCCCAGGAGCCACAGCACUCCCAUCAGCUUAAGGAAAAGAAACCACUAAACCCCAGACUGGAGAGACAAGAGGGGCUGAUAUCCUGUGGGGGUUAUUUUGGGAGCUGAAUUAUGGUGCUUUGCAAAUUUUUUUUUAACUCAGAACCCCUGGAGACUUCCAGAAAUGUCCUCUGCAGGAGGAACCUGCAGCCCAAGGCUCUCACCCCUUGUUUUUUCCCCAAACCAGGAUUUGUCAUUCCCAAGUCUUGGGCUGAUGGAGAAGGAAAAGCCCCAGAGAUCCCCCACGAGGAGGGGCUGCAAACCCAGCCCAGGGAGCUGCGGGGAGCAAAGAGCCCCCCUGAGCCAGGAAGGCGGCCGGAGAUCCAGGCAGAGCUCGGAGCUGGUGGAGAAGCCCCAUGGCAGGGAGAAGCCCCACAAGUGCUUGGAAUGUGGGAAGGGUUUCAAGUACAGCUCCCAUCUGAGGGAGCACCAGGUGAUCCACACAGGGGAAAAGCCCUACAAGUGUGGGGAAUGCGGGAAGGGCUUCAGCAAGAGCUACAACCUCAUCAGCCACAGCAAGAUCCACACUGGGGAGCGACCCCACACCUGCUUGGAAUGUGGGAAGAGCUUUGGGCGGAGCUCCAGCCUGAGGGAGCACCAGAUGCUGCACACCGGGGAGAGGCCCUUCGAGUGUCCCCAGUGUGGGAAGAGGUUUCUGAGGUCAUCCCGUCUCCUCCUGCAUCAGCGCAUUCACACACAGGAGAGGCCUUUCUGCUGCCCCGACUGCGGGAAGGGCUUCAAGCACAACUCCACCCUCCUGAGCUGGCGCCUCCACAGUGGGGAGAGGCCCUACGAGUGCCCCGAGUGCAGGAAGGGCUUGGUGCGCUGCUCCAGCUCCACCCCACGUGCAGGAUCCACGCUGGAUGAUCCCCAGUGACCCACGCUGGGGAAAUCCCUGGUGAUCCCUGUUCUGGGUGACCUCCAGUGGGUGGGGGAAGGUGUUGGAGAGAUUUCUUCUCCUUGUGCUGCUGUGAUUUGGUUGGUAAUAAAUUCACUCCCUGCGCCCAGGCUGGGUCUGUUGUGCCCUUGCUGGUGCUCAGGGUGGGAUCUCUCCCGUUCCUUCUCAGCUCCUGGGCCUUUCCUUGUGUUUCCUCUCCCUAUGCAGCUGCAGAGGGCAGGGACAGAGCAGUUUUGGUGUCCAUUCACAUCCAGGCAAGACCAGCCCAGCCCCGGGAGUUCUGAGGGGCUUGUGGCGCACCCCCCUGCUGGAGGAGGGUGUCCCCCCUUGCUGCAGCCCCAGCCCUCAGCCAAGCAGAGAACGACCUCACCUGGGGCCUCACUUUGGGAACACCUGAGCCCCUGGACAUCUCCAUCCCCAUUCUGGGGUGCAUCUGGGUCCUUGGAUAUUUGGGACCCCAUUUUUUGGGAUGUAUUGGGUUUGUAUGGACUGGUUAUGGUAGUGGGGCGGGCUCUGAGAGAAGCUGCUGGAAGCAUCCUCAGUGUCCAACAGAGCCAAUCCCUGGUGGUUCUAAAGACGGAGGUGCUGGAUGCAGAGAUCCCCCAGAGCCCCUGGAGCAGCCCCCUGGCACAGGGGGGUGCCUGAGAGGAGGCUGUGACCCCGUGCGAGCCCCACGGCCAGAGAGGCAGGACUCACCUUGUGGCAGACUGACCUCCGGGGCUGCAGCAGGGUGAGGGGGCUGCUGCCCAUGGGAUGGACUCACAUCAGGGGGUUUGGGUUUCUCUGGGAGUUUUUGUCCCAUUUGUGACCUAGAAAGGCGCCGGGAGCAGCAGGGGGUGACAGCCACGGGUGACUGAGAUGACAAAGGGCUGGCUGCUGGCUCUGGCACAGCCCUGAAAUCGUUUGGGGGAGGGCAGGGGUGCAGGGCUCGGGCAGUUUGUGGUGUCGGGCUCUUCGCUCCUGCAUUUUCCUGCCCGUGCCUGCUGCUCCUGGGACACAGAGAGGGGCCCAAGCAUGUCCCCUCAAAACUUCCCUGGGAAUCACCCCAGAGCCCUCAGCCCUCCUUUGCCCAUCCCCGCGGCCUCUUGUCCGUCCCAGUGGCUCCCAGUCCAUCGCAGUCUCUCCGAGUCCAUCCCAGUCUCUCCCAGUCCAUCCCAGUCUCUCCCAGUGCCCCCCGCGUGUCCAUCUCAGCCGUGCGUGGCACUGCCACCCAUCAGCCAAUCAGAGUGCGGCUCUCUGAUGACUCAUCAGUUGCCAGGCAGACCUGCAUCCCCCAGUGCCGUCCCAGGUCCUCCCAGUGCCCACAAACUCUCUCCCAGUCCCUCUCAUCUCAUUCCCAGUACACAACCAGUCCAUUGUCACACCUCAUUUCACUCCGAGACCUUCACCCUCGCUCUCAGUGCUCCACAGUUCUCGCAGUGCACUCCCACUCCGUCUA